AUGGAUAGCGACGACCUGUCUAUUGGCGGGUCCUCCUCGCCGCUCCGUCCCGCCCAGUCGGGUCCAUCUCGCAGGCCGCGGCCACGCUCCGAAAUCGACCCCACCACCCCGCGGCACGCUCCUCCGGUCGACGCUGUCCCCCAUCAUUAUCGCCCACAACCACCUGGUCACUUCUAUGGAUCACCAAUAGACGGCGGUGGUGGAUCAAUCAACAUCUGGGCCGGUUCCGACCCUCGUACGCGUUCCCGCACGAUGGACGUGGGGCCAAGCGCGAGCUCUACCUUGUCCGCUGCGUCCUCCCAUUCCCUCUCUGGACCUCGCGACGCGUACGCAAUGUCGAGGAAUCUGUCGAAUGACUCGCAGAGGUCCGCUGCCAGCCAAGGUUCACAGCGCUCGAUGCAGUCGCAGGGCUCGGCUCCUCCCUCUCGUCACCCCUUCCUCUCUCCUGGAGGUGCUCGUCCAUCCACUCGCAGCGACUCUCCAAGCCGCCGCGAAGUCAAUGAACGCCCGAGCCAGGCACCGACCCACGCCUUGUCGGAGCCCGCCAGCCGCAGCAGGUCACCACCGCGGCCCCGCCGUACUCGCGUGUUGAUGACUCGCAUGCAGUGGACAGCUCUCACGAGCCUGUGGGAUAAGACAAUCUUUCCUGCAACAAAUGAACGUGAAGCAUUGGCUCAAGAAAUUGGGUUGACCGCCCGCCAGGUGCAAGUGUGGUUCCAGAACCAACGACAAAAGCGUCGUCGCGAGCGCGAGAUUGACGAAGCCAACGCUAUCAACCUUCCCUCGGCUGGCGACAUGCCUCGCACCGCCGAGGCGGCCCCGCACUGGGCUGGAUCCAUCUCAGGAGCUUCAAACUGGUCAAUGCAGUCUGCACCAGCCCACCUUCAGACCAUGCCGACGACCGCACCCCGAGCUCUCCCUUCCUCGUCCAUCCCAGUGGUUCAUGGACGUCCACCUCCAGGAGGUGGCCAAGUUCCACCCAUGUCGCACCUCAUGUACCCUCCUCAACCGCCUCACUCUCCCCACAUGGCACACGGACAGCUUCACUCUCAAUCCUCUCCAAUCCAUUACCCGGGCUCUCUUGGCCCUCAACCUGGCCACCAUCCUUCACAAUCUUCAGCCCAAACUCAGCAUCACUCUGGACACUAUCGAUACCCCGAUGAACGCAAUGCGCGCUUGCCUCCGCCCCCGUCACAAAACUUCCAAAAUAUUCCUCCACCGCCAAUGGGAGGCAUGCCUGGUGAACAGCCACCAGCACCAGGGCUCAACUAUGGCGUACCGGUAGACAGGUGGGAAGGCUGGGGCGUACCACGUUCUCAUCAACCUCCUCCUGCCAGUCUCGAUGGGGUUGGACCGACCAGACCUAGGUCGCGCUCGUUUGCCACUGCCGGUCGUCCAUACCCUGUUCCCGCUCCGGUGUAUUCCCCAUCUUCCCCAAUGCAAGACCACCCGGCACUUGUCCGAGAACGGGCAUCUGCCAGUUCCUCUCGUGUCAACACCGCUCGCACACCGCCAGCGCAGGUUACCAUGUUGACCCGCCUCGACACUCGCGACGACCGCCUGGCCCUCGACCGCGUGUCGGCAUUACCGUCACAGACCCGCUCUCCGCCCUCUACAGCGACGUCGCUACGAGGGAGCUCCGCUGCCCUAUCGGCCGCGGUCCGUGCUUCCACUGGUCCAACCCAAGGCAGCAGUGUUGGCAUCACUGCCCCAAUGACGGCACAGCGCGUGUCGAGUCUUCCACCGUCCCUGAGUGCGUUGGUGCUCGAUCGUCCCGUCCAGUACAUGGGAGAUAUUCCGCCUCCACUGUCCCCUCAAGAUCCCAGUGCGUCAUUGCAUGCGCUAGUGCUUGAACCAGAACCCAUCAGUUCGCCAUCAUCGACACGGGAUGGUGGUGACCAAGGGGGCCGUCGCUCGUCUGGCGACAGGCCAACAACACAGCCAACGUCGGCAACUCUGCCCAGCCUGGCUCACUUGCUCAACUAG